UGGAAGUGACACGGCUGUCUCGGUGCGGAUACCCGUAUAACUUCAUCGCGGUGUGCGAGGCGUCGAGCGUCGAGGCAGUGUGCGAAGUAGAGAGUAAAGACUCGGAGAGCGACAGCGCCGCACUGCGACUGUAGCGCGUACUAGCGUCGUGUGUGGUCCAGACAGUGAGACAGUAGUACAAGCUGAGCAGCGAGACACAAUGAUACUGUGAUAUGGCGUUAGAAACGGAACGGUGCAACCCUAGUGACGCGGCCAGCCCGGGCCCGACUAGUGAGGCUCAUCGGAGACCGGAGGGCAGCCGCGCAGUGACCGACACUUGUAAACUCAAGUCAGCCUUCCAUCAGAUCGCGGCCCUCUCCAGGAGUGAGAGUCCUCCGGGCAGCGACCGCUCGUCCUUCUUCAGCCGGAGCCCCACGGACACUCGACCCUUCGACAGACCAUCUUUCUGUACUAGGAGGCCAGACGACACCGUCAGCUCACCCCCGUCUGACGAGAGCUGCUCUAACCACUCUACGACUCGCCCCAGUCCUAGCAGCAAGCCGGGGUACCCUGACUCAACACCUCCCUCUAGCCCACCAGAGGAACGUCGCAACAGUCUCCUGUACCACCCCGACAUGGCGAGUCUGUCUCUGGUGUACGGCCUGGGGGUGAUCCCUAACAGGUUCCCGAUGGGUCUACACGUGCCUGCUGUGUAUCCCGAGGUAGGACUCACGCGGACACCAGCCCUGCUACCCACCGAUUCUCUGGGAGUGUUCGUCGGAAGACCCACGGUGCCAGAGGUCAUGGACAUCAGACUACUCAGCUCCGCCAAGCCGGCCGUCGCCCCCGGGGUGUCCGGCACUUCCUGUUCCCUCAACUGCUGCAGGUCUCCGUCUCCCAGGAUGCUCAGUAGGACGCCGUCUCCUCAGAGGUCUCCGGGGCCGUCGUCACUCACCUUCUCCGUAGACAAUAUCCUACGGCCGGACUUCGGGAGGUGUCCCAAGGCGCAGGCCCAGCAGCUGCGGCGAGCCAAGGUACCGGAGCCGAAGUUGUCUGAGGACGUCGUACCUGUCUCCUCCAAGAGGCCGAUCCCCAUCGCUGACAAGCCUGAGGUGCCGAGUGUAGGGGAGGACAAGGACGCUAACGGACAAGUGUGGCCGGCUUGGGUCUACUGCACCCGCUACUCGGACAGACCUUCCUCAGGUCCGAGGUCCCGGAGAGUGAAGAGGAAAGACAAGCGACCGGAGGAGAAGAGGCCUCGGACAGCGUUCAGCGGAGAGCAACUUUCUCGACUCAAGAGUGAGUUCUCAGAGAACAGAUAUCUGACGGAAAAGCGGCGACAAGAACUGGCGAACGAGCUGGGACUGAAUGAGGCGCAGAUCAAGAUCUGGUUCCAGAACAAGAGAGCCAAGAUCAAGAAGGCCAACGGCACCAAGAAUCCGCUGGCGUUGCAACUGAUGGCCCAGGGACUGUACAACCACAGCACCGUCCCUCUUAGUGACGAAGAAGAAGAGUCAGAGAGUGGUAGUAGCAGUAGACCAUCGUAGACUAGGUCCUGGAAACUUGAAUGAUCCUGAGAAAGACAAUGUUCCAUAGUUCAAACACCUACCUACAACAAAAUAUCCCUGGAUAUGCCACAGACACAUACUAGGAGUUCCCUUUUACAUACUGUAGCAAGUUUCUCAAGGAACUAUACAAAAACACUAUGAAGAUUUUAAGUCUUGAUAAAUCGAUGUAAUUAUUAAGUGCACUUGUUAUCAAAAGGCUCUUACUCUUAGGUUGUGAGAAAUAACUAUCCUAAUAAUGGCAUCCGUAACAAUGAACAUCACGUAAAACCAUAAAAGGUAACAUAAUUUUCCCCAUAAUUUGUAACGUGUAUUUAUGUCAUAUAAUAAGAAAUACAGUUUAGUUUUGUGUUAACUAUUCAUAAAUAAAUCAAUAUCAACCACCUUUUUCAAUUCAAAUUAAACGAAACAAACUUGUAAUGCUACUUAUCAAAGCUUGUAAAUACUAAACCGCUAGCGUAUGUUUAUGUUUGCUUAUACAUGAGUAAUUUGACACUUGUAUACAAUGACUUUGAUGUGACUUGUCAAUAGUACAUACUUAAUCAGGAGAAACACAACUAAGCCGUGCAAAUUACAUGAAAUUUGAUUAACCUUAUAUAUAUCAACCAUAGAGACAAAUUUCUACCACACAAUCUUUUUUAUGUGCUAAAAUAAACUAACAUGUGUAGUUCAUUUUAAAGUUGAAGUGAGUUAAUUUUAAAACGAAAAUGUUUAGAAAUGUUAGAAAUAUGUAUUAUUGUUGAUAUGUUUGUAUAGAAUGUGAUGUAAACGAGUGCUGAUAUGUAAUUUAUUGUAAGGGUUAAAGGUCAAUUGGUUUUCGUAAUCCUAACAUGUACGGACGAUUGUUUUGUGUUAUAGUGCCAAUUCUUGUGUGUAAGAAAUAACUACCUAGUGCAAUAAUAAUAGUUUAAGAUUUAAUAGAAGUUGGGUUUCUUGUACAUAAGGAGAUAUUACAGUGUGUUAUUGAAAUUAACAAGGUUUGUCUGUAUAUAAUCGUCAGUUCCAUUUUAAUUUACAUACUGUAGGCAAGAGAUUUAUAUCAAGUCCAAUUUUAACAAAAUAAUAUUUCUUAUGUGAAUUCCUUAAAACAAUCUACUUUGUUAAAUAAGAGUUUUCUUCAUAGAUAUGCCAGGACAACCUUUAAGAAUCUGGUUGGUAAUUGCAAUAUUCACAAUAUUACUGAUGUAUGUAGAUAUGUAUAUAACAAAUUGUGUACAGGUUUUAUAUUGAUUCAUGUAUUCAAACCAUAUAUAACUUAUUGUUUUGAUUUGUGUGGUGUCUUUCACAAAAGUAUUACAGAAGAAAAAUUUAGUUUUAGCUAGUAAAUGUAGAAUUUCAACUGUUUUAUAAAUAUUUUGCCUCUAUUUAUUCUAUUUUACAAUGGUUGUUUACUUUGAAAUUAGGUAGCCCUAACAGUUUUUAUCUUACAUAGUUUGAUCAUGUUGUUUUAAGGAGAAUUUAUAGGAAUAUAAGCAAUAAAGCAAUAACUUAGAUUGAAAGAACUGUUUUAAAGAUGAACAUGUUAAUUAAAGUUUGCAUCAUUAUAAUUCAAACCAAAUUGCAAAUGAAACUUUACUAGGCGAGAAAGUUAAGUUUUGCAUAACUUUAACUCAUUUUAUAUUCACCUAACCAGCUUGUUAUUACUUUAAAAAUCAAACGUAAGUAACUUGGUGAGAAUAAGUGUAAAUAUAUGUAAUCGACAGUGUAAAACGUUUUCUGUAAUUAGAUUUUAGAUGUAAGUUGUUCAUCAAUAAUGUAGAUUUAGUAAGUCUCCUGCUUUACCCUAACAAAAGACGGUACCUACGGAACUAUGAAUGGAAUUGCUCACGAGAGAACUGCGAAUUGUUUUUCGCAGUAAAAUUAUCAAAUUUCUAUAUUUAGAGAGAUCAAUCGUUUGAAUGCUACAAUCACAGUUUUGAUAUUACAAUAUUUAUCCAUGAAAUAUUUUAAAAAUGAAAUCAAAUUGGGUAUAUUGCAAGUUUUUAUUUUAUUUAACCCUUUAGCAUACAACUUCAAUUACUUUGAAAAAGUCCUGGAAAAAAUAGUUUCAUUAUAUACAUAAAACACGAUAGUAUUCCCUUUUUUAUAUCACUGUUUGAGGCCUUCUCAGUUAAGUGAGCAACUCCAAAUCACAGAGUUCGUACUACAUCGUCGCUAGUCAGCUUAUGUAUUUGUAUAUAGUUUAUUGUUGAAAUCCUUUAUAAUUUGUAAAUAUUGUAAAGCAUGGUAUAUGCUUUAUUUAAUAUAUUUAACUUCUUUUUCUUUAAGAUAAGACUGAAUACUGAACCAUAGCAGCCAUACUAGACGUAGG